AUGUCUCUGUGUUUAGUCUUGCCACGACAUCGGUUCGGGUCAAGUCGGUUCAACACGGUCGUGUUACUCUUUCUGCGACUGUUCUAUCACGCAGGCCCAUUCGAGACGGUGGCGCCCACUACGACUGCAGUGCCGACACAGUCGAGCGCACCGUCGGCACAAGCUCCCAACGCGACAGACGCAGACGAACCCUCGGGCCUUGGCUGCGUCGGGCAGCCCGAGGGUUUCAACUCUUAUCGAAAGUUUUCAACGCAAGAAUGGCUCCGACACCUAUCGAACGUCCCUGAGAACCUCACCGACUGGAAAGUCUGCUCGAUUACCUGGAUCAAGGCUCUUGCGUCACCCUUCUCACACGAGUUCUUGCAAUUUGUCGUCCAGGACGUCAAAAGUGGUCAACGUACCCGACUUGCCGCCGGGCGUGAAGAGGACGGCGAUUGGGUCCUCGUCGGGUGGAACUGGGCUUCGGGAGAGACACCCUCGGACCAUUACAAACUUCCCUUGCCUUUGUUAAGUCUGGAGUUCGACGGCCAUGAAAAAAUGCCGAGCAUGCACGCUUUGGCUGACGUUCUUGCAGCCACCACACGGCGACGGCCUCAUUACAGGUUUCGACGAGAAAUGUGCUGGUGGUAUGCCGAGACCGUCUUGGAGGAGAUGAGUGCAAAGUACGGCGGAUCCGUGACAGAAUGGCCGUGGUCUCGCUAUAGGUACUCCUUUGUAGUCAAGACGAGCUUCAUCCGGAGGCAUACCCUAACCCAGCAUGCUGAGGCUUUCAAGACACGACUGGCGGCCGAGAUGACUUACUGA